AUACUGGCCUAGCCACCGGAGCUCACACUCAGGCUGGCGGGCCAUGGGGCGGCGGGUCCCGGCUCUGAGACAGCUGCUGGUGCUGGCAAUGCUGGUGCUGAAGCAGUCACAGCUGCACUCUCCAGAGUUGUCAGGGUCGCGCUGCCCUGAGCCCUGCGACUGCGCGCCGGAUGGUGCCCUGCGCUGCCCUGGCCCUCGAGCUGGCCUCGCCCGACUAUCUCUCACCUAUCUCCCUGUCAAAGUAAUCCCAUCACAAGCUUUCAGGGGACUUAAUGAGGUCGUAAAAAUUGAAAUCUCUCAGAGUGAUUCCCUGGAAAGGAUAGAAGCUAAUGCCUUUGACAACCUCCUCAAUCUGUCUGAAAUACUGAUCCAGAACACCAAAAACCUGCUAUACAUUGAACCCGGUGCUUUUACAAACCUCCCUCGGUUAAAAUACCUGAGCAUCUGUAACACAGGCAUCCGGACCCUCCCAGAUGUUUCGAAGAUCUCUUCCUCUGAAUUUAAUUUCAUUCUGGAAAUCUGUGAUAACUUAUACAUAACCACCAUACCAGGGAACGCUUUCCAAGGGAUGAAUAAUGAGUCCAUCACGCUGAAACUGUAUGGAAAUGGGUUUGAAGAAGUACAAAGCCAUGCAUUCAAUGGGACGACGCUAAUCUCGCUGGAGUUAAAAGAAAACAUCUACCUGGAGAAGAUGCACAGUGGCACCUUCCAGGGGGCCACGGGGCCCAGCAUCCUGGAUGUCUCUUCCACCAAAUUGCAGGCCCUGCCGAGCCACGGGCUGGAGUCCAUUCAGACGCUCAUCGCCACGUCAUCCUACUCACUGAAAACUCUGCCCUCCAGAGAAAAAUUCACCAGCCUACUGGUUGCCACGCUGACCUACCCUAGCCACUGCUGUGCUUUCAGGAAUUUGCCGAAGAAAGAACAGAAUUUUUCAUUUUCCAUUUUUGAAAACUUUUCCAAACAAUGUGAAAGCACAGUUAGAGAAGCGAAUAACGAGACGCUUUAUUCUGCCAUCUUUGAGGAGAAUGAACUCAGUGGCUGGGAUUACGAUUAUGACUUCUGUUCACCCAAGACACUCCAAUGUACUCCAGAACCAGAUGCUUUCAAUCCCUGUGAAGAUAUUAUGGGCUAUGCCUUCCUUAGGGUGUUGAUUUGGCUAAUUAAUAUACUAGCCAUCUUUGGCAACUUGACAGUCCUCUUUGUUCUCCUGACCAGUCGUUAUAAACUGACGGUGCCCCGCUUCCUCAUGUGUAAUCUCUCCUUUGCAGACUUUUGCAUGGGGCUCUACCUGCUGCUCAUUGCCUCAGUAGACUCCCAAACAAAAGGCCAGUACUAUAACCAUGCCAUAGACUGGCAGACAGGGAGUGGCUGCAGUGCAGCUGGCUUCUUUACUGUGUUCGCCAGUGAACUUUCUGUCUAUACCCUUACAGUCAUCACUCUGGAAAGGUGGCACACCAUCACCUAUGCUGUUCAGCUGGACCAAAAGCUGAGGCUGAGACAUGCCAUCCCAAUUAUGCUCGGAGGAUGGAUUUUUUCUACCCUGAUGGCCACAUUGCCCCUUGUGGGUGUCAGCAGUUACAUGAAAGUCAGCAUCUGCCUCCCCAUGGAUGUGGAAUCCACUCUGUCACAAGUCUACAUAUUAUCCAUCUUGCUCCUCAAUGCAGUGGCCUUUGUCGUCAUCUGUGCUUGCUACGUUAGGAUAUACUUUGCAGUUCAAAAUCCAGAGCUGACGGCUCCUAACAAGGACACAAAAAUUGCUAAGAAGAUGGCCAUCCUCAUCUUCACAGACUUCACAUGCAUGGCACCCAUCUCAUUCUUUGCCAUCUCAGCUGCCUUCAAAGUACCCCUUAUCACUGUCACCAACUCAAAAGUUCUGCUGGUCCUUUUUUAUCCUGUCAAUUCUUGUGCCAACCCAUUUCUGUACGCAGUGUUCACGAAGGCAUUUCAGAGAGAUUUCUUUCUCUUGCUGAGCAGAUUUGGUUGCUGUAAGCACCGGGCUGAACUUUACAGAAGGAAGGAAUUUUCUGCAUGUACCUUCAACUCCAAAAACGGCUUUCCAAGAUCAAGUAAGCCUUCCCAGGCUGCCCUGAAGUUAUCCAUAGUGCACUGUCAACAACCUACACCUCCAAGAGUGUUAAUUCAGUAACUGCAUUACUGAAUUGUAUCUAAAUAUGUUCCCCCCAAAAAAGUCCACCCAAAUUAGUCACUUUAAUAUAAUGUGUUUUAGAAAAAAUAUUUAUCUUUAAGCACUUCAGGUGAAUUGAAACCUGCUUCAAAGGGUGGCCCAAGACACUUGGUGACAUAAAUUUCAGAAGGGUUUAGAAAAUUUUUUAUAAUAAUUUAGAAAGAAUAGUUUUUGUUUGUUGAAUCUAAUAUUAAGAAAAUCUAAGUUGUUGUCAUUUUCCAUGUCUCUUGAUCUUUUUCACUUCAAUCUGUGAUUCAUGUUGCCAUCUCUAAAUAUAUAUUCAUAACAGACUGGAAAUUUAAAGUGGUCUUUGUCCUCAGAUAGUUUGAUAAAUACAUUCAAGAGAUGCACUGUGCAGCGUGAUAGCUGUUAGCCUUACAUGGUAAAUAAAAGUUUCUUAGCCAUAUCCCAAGUGCUUCGUGGGUCUCACUAGUAAUAGGAGGCACAGAUUCAAACUGUUUUCAUCAGUGCAAGGAAUUCUAUUAGACAGCUCUAUUCUAGAGACUUCUAUUUCCCAUUUACACUCUACUCACUUAGCUUUCCAUCUGAAGGCACAUUUCUGCAUACUUGUUUGGCUUACAGAGCAUGAACCCCUUGUGGGCAGGAACCCACCUCAGUUUCCUCAUCUCCUAUCUGGGGAUCUUGGAAAUGAUACACAGCAAGUGUGCCUAGCUAGUUAAACUUCUAGAGAUACAUGGAGAAAUGUUUCUUAGUAUAUUUUUUUGAUCGUUACAGGCUUUAUGUUUUUUUGUCCCCAUCCCGGUAUCUCUUCUCAGAGUUCUUCACUCCCUUUUGCCUCUGAGAGGGUGCCCCUCCCAGAGAAUUCCCCCUCCCCUAGGGCAUUAAGUUUCUGCAAGAUUAGGCACAUCCUCUCCCACUGAGGCCAUACAGGGCAGUCCUCUGCUACAUAUGAGCCAGGGGGGCUUCAGACCAGCCCAUGUAUGCUCUCUGGUUGGUGGCUUAGUCUCUGGGAACUCCAGGUGUCAAGGUGAGUUGACACUGUUGGUGUUCCUUUGGGGUUGCCAACCCCUUCAGUUACUUCAGUCCUCCCCCUCACUCUUCCAUAGGGUACCUUUGCACCUUUAAGAAAACAAAAUAUUCAAAUUUUUAAAAUUAUUAACCCAUUAUUUCUAUGCUUGGCACUUUAUUGGGAAAUAUAUCUAAUAUUGUCAGAAGCACUUGUUACUUCCUACAGCUGGCUCUUGCAGGACACCCGACUGAUAGGUCUCACAGCGCAGCUUUUGUUUGCCCCUUUUCCUUCUUGAUUGAAAGUUCAUUACACACACAGCAUCUUGGUGAGUGUAUUAUAUAAUCUCACCAACUGAAUCUUCAGAAAACUCUACAGUUCAGAUGCCAUUAUAUUAUACAAGAAAAAAAGACCAUCACCAUUUUUGAAAGUACUGAAAACUAGGAAAAGAUUCAAGUAAAAAGAUUCAAUCUCAAAGGUCCUCACAAAGCUUAGCCUCUUUAAUGAUUCCCAUACUGUUAAAAAAAAUUCAUUGUUUUCCAAGAGUUACUUUGCGUUGAAAUAAAUUUUAAAAAAUUGGAUACACUGACAGAUGGACAGACAAAUACUUAUUAGGUAGCUAGGUUUUGUUAUUUAAAAGCUUAUAUACAUUCAACGUUCUUUAAGUUUUCCCAAUAUUUUAUUAUGAACAUUUUCAAAUGUACAGAAAUGUUGGAGAAACUGUAUAGUGAACACCCAUACAUCAACACUAUUUACAGCAAGCCAUAUGUUACUAUAUUGACUUUCAUACAUUACUAUGCAAUUAUCUGUUAUUUAUCUGUCAAUCAAUGUCUUACAUAUUUUGAUAUUUUAAAGUAAUUUGCAGGUAUUAGUCUUACACAAGAGAAUACAUUAUACACCCCCGUGUAAAUGAAUGUCAGUACUCAUAUUCACUGAGUAUAAUAUAUAAUAUUUAUUUACGUUGUUGGUAUAAUCUUAAAUGUGCCACUUGAGUUUUGAGAACAGCACACACCUAUGUCAGCCACACUGUGUCAGGAUUUAGUCUAGUUAGUUAGAGAGUUCCUCACUGUGGAUGAUGGCCGAUAUUCUCCACAGGCUAGUGUUUCCUGCCCUAGAUGGCAUAUAAAUGCAGGUCUAUAAAACAUGUGCUUUUUCACAUGGCUUUGGACUUAGUUUAUUAUUCUUACUAUUCAUCCACUUGAUUGCUUGAAUCCAUUUAUUCCUUCUCAUUGCUAACUGAAAUUCUACCGUAUUAAUAUUAAAAUUCCUUUCUCCUACUGAUAGCUAUCUUGGCUAUUUCCAGCUUUCAACUUCCUGUGAGCAUUUUAUUAAAUAAAUGUCUAACCAUAACUAGAUUCAACACAUUUACUUUGCUUUCAUUUCUUAAGUCAUUACAUAAAAUGAUUCAAAGAAGAUUGUAAGAUUUAUAAAGAGAAAUCUCUUCUGUGUUUACAUUUAUGACCUCUCUGCUCCAUAAAGAACGACUUGGUUCAGGUGGAGUCCUUUCUUGCUCAUCUUAGAAUCUGUCUCAGCAACACAUCAGAAUACUAACUCAUCAAACUACUUAUAUAACUACAUGAUAGUCUUUCUGAUUCAUAAACCCCAGGAAAAAAACAAUGUAGUAAGAAAAAGUAAACAGGCACUCUGGUUUCUGACUCCACCUGUAGCAGAUCCUCUGCCACAGGAAUCCAUACCCAAAUAGUGCCAGGAGGGAGGGAGCCUCCCAGGAGCACAGACAGGCCUGUGAGUGCAGAUAAAACCACCACUGCUGCUCAGCAGAACCUGCCUGGAACCCUCAAGACACAGGAACCAAGGGGCUGCCUGGAACAGGAGUCUUACAGUCUCUGUCUGCACCCAGAGCUGAUCCUGUGCCACAGAGCUACAUAUAAAAAUACCGCCAAGAGAGAGCUGGUCUCCCAGGAGUGCCUACCCAACUGAGAGCACAGGUAAAACUACCACUUCUCUUCAAAUUCCUGGCCCAAGACGGACACUCACAGAGCCAUCAGGACACAGGAAGCAAGGAUCAGCUGGGGACAGGAUCCUUCUGGUCUCUGCACUCCAGAGCUUACCCUGUACCACAGCUCUCCAUACCCAAAUUCCUCCCUGAGAGAACUGGUCCCCUGGGAGUACUGACACACAGGCUUGCAGGAGGGACAAGCCACAGUCAGAGACAGCAAGACCAGCUAACACCAGAGAUAACCAGAUGGUGAAAGGCAAAUGCAAAAAAUCAUAAGCAAUAGAUACCAAGACUACUUGACAUCAUCAGAACCCAGUUCUCCCACCACAGUGAAUCCUAGUUUCCCCACACACCAGAAAAACAAGACUCUGGUUUAACAUCACAUCUCAUAAUGAUGAUAGAGGAAUUUAAAAAGGACAUAAAUAACUCCCUUAAAGAAAUACAAGAGAACAAAGUAGAAGACCUUAAAGAGGAAACACACACACACACAAAACCCUUAAAGAAUUACAGGAGAACACAACCAAACAGGUGAAGGAACUGAACAAAACCAUCCAGGAUCUAAAAAUGGAAAUAGAAACAAUAAAGAAAUCACAAAGGGAGACAAUUCUGGAGUUAGAAAACCCAUGACCUCUUACAUAAAUAAUGGUCCUUAUUUUCUACAUCAUAACUGAAGUUUUAAUAAGUGAAGUCAUAGUUUGCUGUCUCCUUCAUUUGUAUAUCCUCCCUCCCAUAAGCUUUAUGUUUGAACUCUCCUCUAACCCAGCUCUUUACUCUGUGUCCUAGAGCCACACAUGCAACUCAAGACGUUUCUCCACUUACUCCUGGACUUUGCUAUAACUAUAUAAUUUGUAUUUCAUACCCAGUCAUUUCUGGUUCCUCAUCACCAUUCAAACCACUGAUGAACCUUCCUAAAAUCCUAUUUCAUUUCAAUACAUGCCUGCACAGAGUCCCCAAGGAGCUCCUCGGCGCCUGGAUAACUGCCUACUCCUAGGCUAGCACUGAGAGAACUCUAGAACCUGUCCUCAGAUCUGCUCAUCCGUUCAUCUGCUAUUUUCUUCUUGAAGCAAAUGGACUCAGUGACCCUUCCCAAAGCCAUUCCCUUCCACUGCCAUGCUGGAGCCCUUCUCUGAUGUAUUAUACUUCUUAAGACAUCUCCUCUGUGUAAAAUAAAGGACGUGACAAAUGUGUAACCCAUCACGGUCUCUCUACAGACUUCUUUAGCUACACAUCUGUAUGCUGCAUGUGAACUACAUGCAUGAUGCCUGGAGCCCACAGAUGCCCUGGCAUUGGAGCUACGGAACAUUGUGAGCACUGUGUGAGUGCUAGAAAUCCAACCUUGCUCCUCUGGAAGAAUAAUUGGUGCUCUUAACCACUGAGCCAUCUCCCUAUCUCCUUUAGACUUCUUGAGCAUUCUCUAUCACUCUUUCCCUUCUAUUUAUCCUGGCAUAUUAAUUACGUACACAAACCGAUCCUUACUUCACCUGUGUUAGCAAGAAAAACUAUUUUAACACAUCUGCUUUUCAACUUAGUUCAUUUUUAAAACAGAAAUAUAAAACUGCUAUUGUUAAGAAGUAUUUCAUGUUGGAAAUGUCUAAACUGUGUUACUGUCCUGUAUAAUCCCUCACAUCUAAAUCAUAAACCCUCAAUGAACUCAUGACUCUUUCUUGUAUUUUCUCACCAUGUUAGAUAUUGUUAUAAAUCGACUGUAAAAUGUCUUUAAAAUAUUCAUCAUCCUGGAAUAAACCAUCUAAACUUAU